GGGAACCUGACGCUGACUUGCUCAUCAACAUGCCCAGUCUCUGAUGUCCAGCUGGGCCUGGAGACCUCACUCACAAAGCACCAGGUGGACCAGGAGCAUAGCUGGGUGUUGGUCAACAUCAGCGAGUCGCAAUCCGUGGUCCAGUGCUGGAUUGCCUGCAAUGGCACUGACAAAACAAUAGCGUCUGCCGAUAUCACAACAUACCGGGUCCCAAAGCAAGUGACACUGGAACUGCCACCCAUGCUAGAGAAGGGCAAGACCUACCCCGUGACCUGCAGGGUGGUCAAUGUGGCACCUGUGAGGAACCUCAGUGUGACCCUGCAUCUCGGGGGUCAGGUGCUACACACAAAGAACUUCCAGAAUUAUACCCCGAUGAAUGCUACCAACAUCAUGGCUACAUUCAACGUGAUUGCGGAGCGCGAGUACCAUGGGCAGGAUGUCACCUGCCACACGGCACUGGACCUGCGGCCCCAUGGGCCUCUCCUCGAGAAUGUCUCCACCCCAGCCAGCCUCAGCGUGUAUGCCCUCCCCAGGGAUCCCCAGAUCCAGGUCCAUCACUACUUGGAAGCAAGCACCACCGAGAAUGCCAGCUGUCACAUGGAUGAUGCUUUCCCAGAAAAUGAGGUCCAGCUCAAUCUGAGCUUUGCUGGGCACCUGCUGUUCUCCAAUGUCACCACCUCGGGCACCAUUGUCAUGGCCAAGAUUGCUUCCCAGGCACCUGGAAAAUACGAGCUGAACUGCACUGUGUCCGUGGGGCCACUGUCUCGCUCCACUGUGGUUCCCAUCGAGGUUUACAACUUUCCUGAGCCCAUCCUGAUCGUGGACCCGCAGGAGACUGUGGCUGACAAAAAUGUGACCGUAACGUGCAAUGUGUCGGCCAGUGCAGACACCCACAUUCAGCUGCAGCUGAAAGACAGUGGUGGAAGCGUGUUGACCACAGGGAAGCCACCGGUCCUGUACCACCUGCUGAUGGCACGUGACGAGGACAACAGGCGCAGCUUAAUGUGCGAGGCUACCCUCCGGUUUGAUGCCCAGCCCAUCCUACUAAAGGCCAACUCAGUGGUGCUCACUGUUUACUAUGGGCCCCGGAUGAAUGACACCAGCUGCCCACAGAACCAGACCUGGCUGGAGGGGAAGAAGGAAGCCCUGAUCUGCAAGGCCCAGGGCAACCCCCCACCCACCAUCAAGUGCAUCAAGGAGGGGGAGCCCCACAAACCCGGGGUGCUGCAGCAGGUCACACGGGACCAAAGCGGGACCUACAUGUGCAGUGCCACCAACAAGCAUGGCACCGUCACUCAGCUUGUGACUGUCCACGUGGAAUUUCAUGACCUUAAUCUCCUCCUCAUCAUCCUGCCCAUUAUGGCUGUAGCUGUAGUUCUGGCUGUGGGCAGCGCCAUCUACAUUGUGUACUACCGCAAGCAAAAGAUCGGCAAGUACAAUCUGAAGCAGAAGCAGAAGCAGAAGCAAAAGGCACCAACAGCUGGAGAGCAAGUGCCCCUGACUGAGAUCCAGUCCCCUCAGGGCCACAUGCCCAACAACCCUACGAACGGAGUGGUACAGAACAACUCUGUGUGAGUCCCCCAUGCCACGCAUCGGACUGAUCAGCACCUCCCCGAUUCCAGUGUUGGGGGAGGAGGGUCAGAAAGUGGGAGCUGCUUGUUAAGCCUUCACAUGCUGCAGCCCUCUUCAUCCAAGCAUCGGCUUGGAGGAGGGGGCGUUUCUCGGAGCAUCCCCAAAGUGCACAGCAGCAGGGGUGGCUGCCACAGGGCCAAUCCAUACCCAGGCAAAAGAAGGCACCAUGGAUGCUGCUGCUGUCCCCAAGAUUGUGGCCAUGGAGCCUCCGGGAGGCCGAGAUCCUGGACCACAGAGGGGCCAGGACCUACCAUUAACUAGUGCCAGAGCUGGGGAGUCCAUGCAGAAGGGCCAAGCCCCUGCUGCCACCACAGAGCUGCAGGGCAGGCAGAUGUGGAUGCCACAGACUUGGUGACCUGAGAUAGCAGCACACGCUUCGGUCUCUCCCUGUGGGCACGGACCAGCUUGGCAACCUGGUACAGGAUGGGGCACGAAGACAUUGGACUGCAUUAGAAUCUGAAUUAAUAUUAUUGCUGGUUUUUAAGGUGAGGGGAGACCCGUCCAAAUAAAUAAGCUUUAACUAAUGGACUUAAA